UUAUUUUUGGUGAAAUUCUUUCAAGUUGGUUUUAACGUACCCGAUCUCAUUUCCUCAUAUGGUUGAUUCUUUGGUUGUGCAGGGAUCUUGUUGAUCUUUAUCUGGUGAAUCCAUGGCGAAGUUAUCAAACCUCGGUUCAAGCAACAACGAAAUGAAGAACAAGAAGAAGAGUGCUGGUGUGAAAGCCUUGUCGAUGAAGGUCUGUGCGCUGAAGGAGAAUCCAUUCGAAGGAACGUAAGGGAGAAGAGCGUCGUAUUGGCCUGGCUCGUUCACUCGCGAUUGGAAAGAGGAAAAUGAUGCUGUUGAAGGAGUACGAGCAAAGCGGGAAGGCUAAGGAAUUUUCCGAUGAGCGAAUUGAGGAAUGGGACGAAGAGCUUGGGAAUUUGACGAGGCUAUUUUACGUUCGCAGUGCGAAUGGAAGAGAUUCUAUGGUAUUCUUUUGCAAUAUUUUUCUGUAUCAGCAAAUAAGAAGCCAGCCAUUAAAUGUGGAGCUACUAAAUUUGCUUCUCAAGCCAUCGACAAUUUUGUGUUGAUAAUAAGAAUCCAGUGCUGGGUUGCAAUUUAUUGUUCCUAAUUCUUCCACAGGUUCGUUAGGGGCAGAGACUAUGAUCCAGAUCGCGAACGAGCUGAAAAAAGAAUGCUGCAGAAACUUCUAAAGCGUGAAGCUAAAGGAGCAGCCCAUGAGCUAAGCGUGCGGCGGCCGAGUUCUGAUUCUUCUCCUCCUCCCCCUGGAAGCAGAGGAUUGCCUUUGAUCGGAGAGACGAUUCAGUUUAUGGCCGCCGUCAAUAGCAGCAACGGCGUUUAUGAUUUCGUCAGAAUCCGCUGCCUCCGAUAUGGAGGAUGUUUCAAGACUCGAAUAUUUGGCGAGACGCAUGUGUUUGUAUCGAGCACCGAAUCGGCGAAGCAGAUACUCAACGACGGCGGAGUCAACUACACCAAGAAGUACAUAAGGUCCAUUGCAGAGCUAGUCGGGCAUCGGAGUUUGCUCUGCGCCUCGCAUCUUGACCACAAGUUCUUACGCAGCCAUCUCAUCAAUCUAUUCUCUACCAGUUUUUUGGCUUCCUUUGUCACGCAGUUCGAUCAGCAGAUCGUUGAGGCGCUUCGAGGCUGGGAAAGCGGAUCCACCAUUGUCCUCCUCAACCAAGCCCUCAAGAUAACAUGCAAAGCAAUGUGCAAAAUGCUAAUGAGCAUACAAAACGACGACGAAUUAGAGCUACUCCAGAAGGAGGUAGCUCAUGUAUGUGAAGCUAUGCUUGCAUUCCCAUGGCGGUUUCCUGGGACAAGAUUCCACAACGGCCUCAAGGCAAGAAGAAGAAUCAUUAAAAUACUCGAAAAGAUGAUAUGGGAGCGACAAAGAUCAGAAGCUUGGCACGACGAUUUCUUGCAACGAUUGUUGUCAGAGGAGGGCGACGAUGGUAGAGGAGCGUUGUCGGAUGUGGAGAUCGGAGAUAACAUAUUGACGAUGUUGAUCGCAGGACAAGAUACGACGGCAAGUGCCAUCACGUGGAUGGUGAAGUUCUUGGACGAGAACCCAGAUGUUCUUCAAAAUUUGAAGGAUGAACAAUUUGAGAUAUUGAUGAACAAACAUCGAGAUCGUGAUCGUGAGAAUUGUUUCCUUACGUUGGAAGAUCUUGGCAACAUGUGUUAUGCUCCUAAGGUAGUAAAAGAAUCCUUGAGGUUAGCAUCGGUGGUGCCAUGGUUUCCAAGGCUAGUCCUCCAAGACUCUCAAAUUCAAGGUUACAAAGUCAACAAAGGUUGGAAUGUCAACAUUGAUGUAAGGUCACUACACUCACAUCCUUCUAUCUUCCAUCACCCUACCAUCUUCGAUCCUUCCAGAUUUUAUGAAGAAGCAAAGCCCUAUAGUUUUCUAGCGUUUGGAAUGGGAGGGAGGCAAUGUCUAGGGAUGAACCUGGCCAAAGCCAUGAUGCUCGUCUUUCUUCACCGCUUGGUGACUUCUUACAGAUGGAAGGUGAUCGACUCCGACCCGAGUAUUGAGAAGUGGGCACUUUUUUCUAAACUUAAGAGCGGUUGUCCGAUUAUUGUCACACGUAUUGAAUCCUAAAUUCCUCUAUGUUAUAAUAAUGCAAUUAAAAACUUUUUUUUUAC